AUGGGGUUUUCUGUGUUCUUAUGUUUGCUGGUCUUACCAGUUUGUUAUUGUGAUGAUUUCCAGGAGGAACUUCUAGUAAAAGACCUGGGAGAUGGUUUGAGUGCCUUUCACUUCAACUUUGUAACUCGUCAACCACAUUAUGAGGGUGGAAGUAAGACGCGUAUUUCCUUAUCCGUUUCAGGCCAUAAUUUCCACAUAUUUCCCAAAAUUUUGCAUCAAAUCAUAUCUAAGUAUCUUGUGGACGAAUUCAAGCUGUCCAUUGUGCAAGGAUUCUGGGACAGGGACGCGUGGGGCCCGCCUUUUGUUCAAACAGUUAAUGGUGGUGCUGAAGUUUGGGCCUUCCACUUGGGUUUAUAUAAGAAUUCUUUUUCUCUCCAAUGGUCACAUCGGCCGUCUGGGUUGUCCAAAAAUUUUACUUCAGAAAAUCUUGCAAAAUACUUUCGCUAUGGACAGUUGCCGCAUGAGGAACUAUGUACGGAGAACUUCACUCCGUGGGCCAAGCUCCUUCCGUGUAAAAAGCUGAUGGGACUUGCUAGUCUCCUCAAGCCAAAGUCAAUAUUUAGAGCACGAUAUAACUCACUAAACAUUGAAUUACGCCGUGUGUGCUCCGCUCCGGACUGUCAGCAUCUCUCGGUAGAACUGCAACAAUCACUCUCGAUCGUUUUCGACAGGAGAUACCUAUAUGCCGAUUUAGGAGCCCCCUGGUCUCUGGCAGCACUGCUUGGCGGAAGACUAACAGAGGCGUGCCCAGUUGCCUCACGCAGUCAAAUAGUUGUGUUGCAGUCACGGCCAAGACUCACUCUGUCACCGGCCCCCCUCCCGAUCGACUCUACCGUUUGGGAUCCGCGCAGGGUAUUUGCUAUCUACGACAGCCACAAGGUGGCCAACUCUCUCAUCAUAACAACCCUGGAACGUUCAGACCAGCGAGCCAAAGAACUGACCACACCGGUAUCUUUGAUGAAGUACGCUACCGGAAAGGGUGACAUCGGCGGUGGCGUGCGUAUUGUCCUACGCAAUAGAAUGGAUGUUCCUGUGAAGGCAGUGCUCUUUGAUAGCGCCCCUUGGUACACGGAGAUUUAUUACAGUAGCCUGAAGGCAACCUGUCAGGACGCAGCUGGAAGGCCGAUGGACCCUUGUACUCUUGACCGUGUCACUUUUCGACCUAGCGUGGUGCGUGAACGCAUGGCUGUCCUGGAGGUGCUGCUGACUCUGCCCGCUAAUUCCCUUCUUACCGUCUCCUACAACUUUAAGAAGAUCCUGAUGCGCUGGAAUGAGUAUCCGCCUGAUGCUAAUCAUGGCGUCUACCUUCCCGCAGCCAGUGUAGCCUUUCAGCUCUCGGUGGAGAGGUCUAAACGGUUGCAUCAACAGCAAAAACCGGUGGAUUGGGAGGCUGCUUUGCCAAUGUGGGCCGGUACAUAUGCAGACUUCUUCAUGCCCUUCAACGCCCUCUGUCUAGUCUGCUCAAUCGUGGCCGUCGUCUUCGGUAGCGGACAUAAGGCUACCACCAAUGCCAUGAUGCCCGUGGUUAGCGUAGACGGGGAACAAGUGGACCGUCCGCCUCUCUUCCGCUUCCUGGCUGCUAUCAGACGCUGUCUUCUAGCC